AACAUGCUGAGCCGACUCGCUCACGGCGCCGCCGACGACGGAAACCGAUCGGCCGAGGAGAUCCAAGACAGGCAAUACAUAAUCCUGAGCCGGGAACAAGAGAGGUUCUGGGCUUCGGAACAGGACCGCGAGAUGUUGACGCGCAUUCUUCGGCGACUGGUGCGCUUGGAGUACGUUGAAGUGACCGACGGCGAAUUCCUCGACCCAGUCGCUGCGAAGAGAUACUGCCUCCACGAGAGCACUGCCUUCGGCGCGGAUUGUGUGGAGAGGACAAGCGGCAGGACAUACGACAGCGCGGCCAGCCCUUUCGAAAGAUGGCCAGAGGGUUCCUGCCACUGCAACGGGCUCGGCCACAACUUUGCCAUCCUCCUUAAGGCGCUGGCUGCGACACAGCGGCCCAUUAAACUGCUACGCGUUUGGCACUGGAACAAGAAACAUGAACUCGACUACGCUCCUGUGCGUCUGAUGCCUUGGAUCGCGGGCCCUAGUUCGGCGCUCCGAGGUGGCCUCGCCGUCAGUCUGGCCGACUUGACGGUGCUGUCACUAAUGCUUCAAUAUAGCUCACCGGCGAUGGGCUCUCAUUACUCGUUCCUCCCGGCACUGGUCAACCUCGCCCCGCGCUUGCAGCAGCUGACCCUAAUGUUCGACGAUGCCCUGGAUCGUCAUAAGUCCAGGGCCAGCCAAGAGGUCUUCCUGCGAGCCUUCAGCGAGUUCGCGCAGACUGCCCGGCUGCCCUCUCUCCGCGUCCUCGACCUGCGUCGCGCCACGAUCAAGGCCGCCGAUCUGGUGCGCCUUUGGAAGCAGGUGCGUGGCACCGCGACCGAGAUCCGACUCAAUGUCAUCGGGCUCGUGGGCGAGACCUGGAAGACGCUUUUCAGACAGCUGCAAGAAAUGUACGGCCGCGCUAGUCUGACGACCCGGAUAGGCAGAGAUCAAGACGGCUCCGACCUGGACCUAGAUUCUCCGCGACAGGUGCGUGUGGAUUUCUCGUGGCUGGUGGAGCAGAGGGCACCGACCCAGGACGACGACGGCUCGGUCGACUCGGACGAAACAGAUGACGACGGGCACAUCAUUGAUGAGACGUCGUACCUACCUAAGGGGCUCGUUAUCUUCGACUACGAUGGCUUGGCGACCUGCCAAGAGGGCUGCCUCCGGUUUAUAAAGGAAGACUGCCACCAGAGACGUUGCCGGCAUGUCAGCAUCCGUACUAUCCUAGAUCUUUAUGAGGUUGAAUGCGGUUUUUCGGCUGGCAUGAGCGCUUUACGUAGCUCGAUUGUUAUCAGCAGGGAGGAACUAAAGGAGAUAGUUAACACACCGCCACCGUCAUAAACUCCUAUCCUUGUAUGUAGAUGGCUGUCAAGAAAAACAGAAGUAUAUAGCAAUAACCUACAUUUAAC